AUGCCCUCAGAUUCUCCCUCGAUUUCUCAGACUGCGGAGACUCUGGAAACAAAUAAUCCACGAAACAAACUUAAAGGCACUGGCAGCUCAUCUUCGGAUCGGGCGGGGGCAAGUAUUUUCGUCAAACCCCACCCAAAGUUGACAGACUUACCCUCUACCGCCAUCUUCGACACAUUCCCUUCUCCGCAUGGUGGUAAGCCUGUGCACAUUCUGAUACACAAGAGGCUGCGCACAGAGUCUACAGAAACCCUGCAUGCCUCUCCGUCGUUGAUUGAAGGACCGUCAUUGGAAACACAAAGUCACAGCGCUUCGGAAUUCCCCUUAGUCCUUAGCGCCCCCGAACCUGUUUCUCCACCGUCCCUUUCUUCGCUCGAGUCAGACGCUGGCGGUAGCGAUGUUUCAAUGGUCCACAGAGAUCCUGAGACGACACAGAAGAAGAAGAAAUGGACAAUUUUUUCUCGCAGCCCCAGUAUUAAAAAGUUGAAGAGCAAUGAAGACAAGGACGGUACCCUCUCGGUUCCUGCGACACCUUUCACGAACCUUUCUGCCCCUACAAAGAUUGUGGAGCAGCAACUGACAUCAGAGAGCGUCCAUUCAUCUCCCGAUUUGUCUCGUUCGUCAACCUCGAACGUCUUGAGGAAGGGACCCCCACCCCACCUUCAACUUAAUGCGAAGUCUGUCCACCGACCCGACGUCCUUCCCUCCCAGCUCCAUCUCUCCCCGUCGGAUUUGAGCAAAGUCAAUGCCUACUUUGCACCACUCUUAUCGGACACAGAAACGACGACCCGAAGUGGUACACUUACGAUACCCAGAACCCCAGGUGGAACAGCCAUUCCUCCUCAUUUGUUUGCUCCAGGACACUUGGUAGACCGUGGACAGUUCUUGGAACAACUUCGAUGCAAGCGUGCGUUGAUGGCCACUACCGAGGAUGUGUUGGAUCCCCUGCUCACAACCCUACGCUCGGAGAAGAGGCCCCUCUCUCUCGUCCCAGAACUCCCUGAGGAAUUGGAAAACAACGAUGUUACUCGAGAGGAGGAGGAGGAGGGGCAGACCAGGGAUGACGCUGAACUCAUUCAAGACAUUUCCGUGGACGCUGCUCUCGCAAUCCUUUAUUCCGACGUCACAGACGCUAUGAGCGAGGACACGUCGAGCUGUGGAUUUAAACAGGAUGCGACUGAAGGAACAUGCCUCUAUUUUACUACUGAUCCCGAGUGGGAAGCAUCGCAAGAAUUGGAAGCGACGUGUUACUUCAUUGAAGAUCCAUUUCCUGAAGAUGCGGUGGUGAGGUACGCCGAUGUGUUCACGCAAUUUAGCGCAUCUAGUGUUGGCUUCGAGAGGGUUGUCAACGGAGUACCUUUUGACAUUUCCGAACCAAUCCAAGAAUAG